AUGCCAUGGCCACGGAAAACUGAUAACAGACCAUUCCAAACCGUUGAAUUGGUUUUUGCUGGAGUCAUUCCAAUUAUUCUGAUUAUCAUUGGUACAAUGGGUAAUUUUCUUUGUAUUUUUUGUAUUCUUUGCCGGCAACGUCGUCGAGGCCGUUCAACAUACAUUUAUUUCAUAUUUCUAUUUCUAUCCGAUACUCUUUCACUCUAUCAAUGGAAUUUGAAUUAUAUAAUUAUGGAAUUCAAUGACAGAAUACAAUUAUCUGAUCAGUCCUUAUUUCUUUGUCGUAGUAUUGCUUUUCUUAGUUUUUAUACUUUACACUUAUCAGCUCUAUUUCUGACUCUCAUAGCAAUCGAUCGAACUUUAAUCCUUCGGUCAAAAUUCUAUCGAACACACAUGACGAAACGUCAUCAUGCAUUGAUCAUAUCGAUUGUAAUUAUUCUUUUAUUAUUUCUCCUGGAUGGAUUUCUCCUAUCAUUGGGUGUUCGAGACGAACGUACAGAUCAAAUCGUAUGCUAUCAGUCAUUCAAUACAAACAUCAUGUUUUUCUACGACAAAAUUUAUCCAUGGAUACAUCUAGUUGUCAUGUAUAUCACUCCAUUUGUGAUCAUGACACUCGGCAUUGUUUUAAUCAUAAUUAAGCUGUACAAUCGUCGAAUUAAUCUUCAAUCAAAUCACCAAAAGCAACGACUGUGCUUUAUGUUGAUCGGCAUGUGUGCUGUAUACAUGAUGUUAACAUUACCAAAUCGAUUAUGUUUUUCGGUAUUUUUCUCACGCAUUUCAAAUCAAGAGUACGGUGAUAUCAUUCUGCUUGGAAGCAAUACUUUAUUAUAUACGCGCAAUGCGACCAACGUCUUCUUUCUUUACUUAGGCAGUUCAACAUUUCGUAAACAAUUGGCAAAAUUCUAUUCGUGUUUUCAUUGCUCAAUGCCACAGUGUUCGAAUCGUAUUAUACCCGUUCAACUUUUUCAUUGUGAAACAAAAAGUGACCUUUCAUGA